AUGAAAACUGGAAUUGGUGCCCUGGUUGCGGGAAUCGUUGGUGUUAUUGGCAUUCUUCUGUUCCUCGUUGCCUUUGGAACCGAGUACUGGCUACUAGCAACAGAGGCCUGUGGAGAGUUUGCAUCUAAAAAUGGAACUCUGGACACUGAGAUGGAAGGUGUUUUCGGAGACUCCUCGAGAGGUGUCCUCACAUUCCACCAUGAAGGCUUCUUCUGGAGGUGCUGGUUCUCAGGAGAGGGCACCCAUGGGAACGUCUGGAAAUUCUGGUUCACUAACCAACCUCGUACCAAGCACUGCCGCCCCGGUUAUCUCUUUCCUAUGCCCAUUGCUCUGGGACCUUUACCACACCCUUCUUAUGAUGCGACUGCAGUGUACCGAGGGUUCUGGACGGUUUUCAUCGUGCUAGGUGUUACUGCCAGCCUGGUGGGGGUAUUCCUGCUGGUGUGUGGGGCGCCCUUUGUCAACGCGCGACUUUAUAAAUUUGGCGGGAUCUUUCUUCUCACGUCAGGGGGCUCCUUCCUCCUCCUCCUCAUCCUGUUUGUGCUGUGGAAGGAGUGUGCAGCCGAUUUUCGGAAAUACAUACUUCUGGAAAGGAGUGAAAAGUGCAUCCCGGAGAAUGCCCCUGUGAAUGUGCAUUAUGGCUGGUCUUUUAUAUUUGCUGCUGCCGGGACACCCUUGGUUUACCUUUCAGGACUUCUGUUUUAUUUGAUUGGCCAGAGGAACAUGAAAGUCCUGAAGUGA